GACCUCUAAUAUCAUCAAUUUGGCUAAACUUCUGCAUUGUUAUCAAUUAUGAAGUACCUGGAAUAUACCCCUCUUGAUCGGAUAAAUGAUUUUCUGAGUCAUGUGAAUCUUGGAGAGCGAACCAUUAAAGGAUGUCUUGAAGCAUACUCUUGUAAGCACACUGGAACAGAUAAGAAACUAUCGCUCAGUUUGGAGAAUGAGAUUUUUGAUUAUCUUGGAAAAUCUUCAGAUGCGGAUUCUUCUUCACCUGUUGAAUACCUAAUGUGUAGAUCCAGCCGGAAAACGUUGAUAUAUCUACUCCUUUCUCUCUAUCACAUGUAUCCGGAUUAUGACUUCAGUGCAGUGAAUGCUCACCAGUUUUUCACUGAAGAGAGCUGGGACAGUUUUAAGCAGAUAUUUGACGUCUACAUGUUUGAGGCUUCAAAGGAAUGGCUUGACGCAAAUGAAGGUAGUGCUCUGCUUGAAACCUUGUACAAGGCUUUAGAUGAGGUUGUAAAAGUUGCUGAAUGUGAAAUCUACACUUACAAUCCGGAGGCAGAUGCAGAUCCGUUUCUCGAGAAGGGAGCCAUAUGGUCUUACCACUUUUUCUUCUACAAUAGAAGAUUGAAACGUGUCGUGAGUUUCCGCUUCAGCUGUGUGAGUAACUUGGUUGGUGAAGGACACCUAUUAGACGACUCAAGUUUUGAUGAAGAUGAAGAGAUAUUUGAUGGCAUGGACAUGUGAAUACAGCAUUUUGUUCAUAGCUCGUUGUUAGUGUCGUAAAUCCUUGUACCUUGUAUCGAAUUAGUGGUGUACAAUUUGACAGUAGGUACUGAAACUAUAUCGUAAAUAAGCAUCAUCGUUGUAUCGUUUAGAGGUUGAGGUAGCGACUCUCGCGCUGCUUCUUAAUCAGUUAUGUAUUUUCUGUUCU